AUGGGAAUAGCACAGACAUCUAUUACCGGUUCCCCGGACACACACAACGCUUUGACCAUCGAAGAUGUCUUGGAGAAUGAAAACAAGCAGGAACCAUGGCAGCAAGGUGAUAAAGAGAGAAUCUCACCAGUAACAAUCGUCUCUGCACCAACCAAGGAUACCCCUUCCCAUGCACCAUACAGUGUGCUUCCUGCAGGUGAAAAGGCAUUGGUGAUUAUUGCGGGCUCUUUCGCAGCUUUGAUCUCUCCGUUGUCAAGCAGUAUUUACCUGCCAGCCAUGACCUCGAUCGCGCAAGAAAUGAAUGUGUCAGUAUCUCUGAUUAACUUAACCAUCACCACCUACCUGAUUUUCCAAGGAUUGGCUCCAUCGUUCAUUGGAAGCUUCUCUGACUCCCAAGGGCGACGACCGGCAUAUUUGAUUGCGUUCGUAGUUUAUCUCGGCGCUAAUAUUGGUCUUGCUCUGCAAGACAACUAUGCAGCCUUAUUGGUGCUUCGUUGUCUCCAAUCCUCCGGAAGCAGUGGGACCAUUGCGUUGGGCAGUGCCGUUGUUGCUGACCUCACAACGCGUGCCGAGCGUGGUAAAUAUAUCGGCUACGCUGGUAUUGGAAUGGCAUUGGGUCCAUCGCUUGGGCCCGUUAUUGGGGGCCUGCUUGAUCACUUUCUCGGAUGGAGGGCGAUCUUUUGGUUUUUGGUCAUCUUUUCUGGAAUCUGUUCUGUGAUUAUGUUCAUGGUAUUCCCAGAGACCUGUCGAGCCGUGGUGGGCAAUGGCUCAGUGAUCCCUCCUCGCUGGAACCAGCCUGGGUGGGCUUUGAUCGCAUCUAACUCUCGAUUUCGAAAGCCAAAGAACCCCCCAGACUACUCCUCAAUCCAGCAGUUGAAACGUCGCCCCAAUCCAGUAACUUCAUUGUUGAUUGCUACCCAAAAAGAAACUGGACUCAUUCUCCUGUAUGGUGGUCUUGUGUUUGCGGGCUAUAUGGCCGUUCUUAGCACUCUGACAACGCAGCUGACCGUUCGGUAUGGCUUCAACUCGAUCCAGGUUGGUCUAUGCUACUUACCACUGGGGAUCGGAAGUAUUUGUUCCCGAUGGACUGUGGGAAGACUGCUCGACUGGAACUUCCGACGCGAGGCACGUCUCCAAGGCAUGCCGAUCGAAAAGAAUCGUCAACAAGACAUUGAGGAAUUUAACGUUGAGCGAGCCCGUUUAUCCGUCACGAUGCCUUUGAUGUAUUUUGCGGCUCUUUGUAUUCUCGCUUAUGGCUGGGUGAUGGAAUAUCGAACCUCACUCGCCGGCCCGAUUGUGAUCUUAUUUUUCGUUGGGCUCUCGACGACCGGUGCAUUCAAUACUUUGAGUACUCUCGUAGUGGACAUCAACUACUCAAGUGCUGCGACCGCCACCGCUGCAAAUAAUCUGUGUCGAUGUUUGAUGGGUGCUGGGACCACGGCCUUUGUCGCCCCUUUGAUUGAUGCUAUAGGCAUUGGAUGGACUGGGACCAUCAUUGCGGUACUCUGGGUUAUUUGCAGCCCACUUCUGUGGGCUGUUCGGUUCUGGGGACACGGUUGGAGGAAAAAACAAGCUAACAACUGA